UAUAAGGACUCAAAAAGUUGGAAUUCGGCGUCAAACAGCUGCAAUAGCCGACUUUCGGCUAAAAUCUAAGAAGCCCACCCCCUCCGUAGAAUAUUUUACGAUUUUUACACAUUUGGCGCAUCUGCGACAUUUUCUGCGCGUUUCGGCGAACUACUUUUUCUUAAAUCUUAACUUAUAUGCAACAGAAACCCCCAAAAGUUACGUCACGUGCUGGAGUAAAUUCCUUGCUCUCCGUACUAUUUUCAAGACCUUUGUGAAACAGAUUGGCGUAGAAUAAGUACGAUUCUAAGACAAUUCGUAAAAUAUCCGGUGUCGUAAGUUUUAUGCAAUAGCGCUCUGGUUCCAGAACCGGCGCAUGAAGUGGCGCAACUCCAAGGAGCGCGAGCUGCUGGCCAGUGGCGGCACGCGCGAGCAGACACUGCCCAACAAGAACAACCCGCACCCGGACCUCACCGACGUCGGUGAUCCGUGCGCGCCGGCGGACGGCGAGCUGGCCGGCAGUCCGGUGCACCCCGAGAGUGACAUUGAGGUCACUGAGGAGCCGCGGGAGCCGGAGCACAGUCCGGCGGCGCACCCCUGUCCCGGCCGGCACUCGCCGUUCGGCGGCUAGCAGAGGGCAGAGAGGGAGGAGGUGCCCGUAACCAGUCACCGGCCUGAGGCGAUCGGAGGGACAGGGAGGUUAUCCCGACUGCCGCCGCACGCCGGGUGCAUUUAAUAUAGAAAUACAUACUCGUAAAAAAAUACUCGCUGCAGCGCUGGGUGGAAAUGGAAACCAUCGCAGAUGUAUGAGGAAGUAUCGUCCUCUCCGUAUAUUACCGCACGGUGAAUAGAAUAGAUGAUAGGUAACUGGAAUAGGAACUGAACUGACCCACACUGCACGAAUCCUUAUUCAAAAGGGUCACAACCAUCCAACAUCAAUGCCCGAAUAUGGGCAUACCUUAUUCCAAACUAAGAGCGAAUGAUGACUAAUUGAUUGAUGAUUGAUGAAAUGAUGUUGUUAGCGCGGUUAUCUGUGGUCACUGUGAGCCUCUGUGUUAGUGUGUAUUAUAAACCGAUUUGAUGAUUCCUGCAGUUGUCAGUGAGGACUGAGAGCGAUUAUCUAUUUAAAUAGAAAUGUGAAAUUCGAUGGACAAAGUGUCGUGUCCUGCUGCGGCGUUGGAACGAACCGGCCUCGAUUUUCGGGGCGAUGCCUUCAACAAAGACGCCGUUCAACGACUGGGUUAUGCCGAUGCAGUGGCCAUUUGUACCGAAUUCGGUCAGUUCACCUGUCAAAAUACCUAUGAUUUCAUGUGAUGGAAUGUGUUGCAAUAGCUAUCGGUAAUUUGUUAUUUGGCUCCAUCCCCCAUUUGAGCUUGUAUACGAAAGGGCCUGCGUAAAGUAAACCCAUUUGUAACGAAGGUUUAGCCGUACCCACAAAGUAUCAAACGCCAACCGAGGCGAACUUCCGUGUGGCUGACGGAGGGUCUGUGUGCCGUACAGUACUCGGGCCUGGUGUGAACUGUUGUCGGCACCGUUCGGUUUAUGCACUGUCUGCACCGUUCAGCGUUCGGUGAUCUCUUAGUAACUGUUCAACACUGGCCGAGGGCGACUGUACCGUGGUGAGCGCUGUCGGUCCGUAUCGUAUGACUGAUCGCGUGAAUAUCGUAUGGACGUUAAACAACUGAGAGAAGGAGGGAUGGGAUAUG